AUGCUCUCCACCCUCCCGCGGCUGCCCAUCUUCGAGGCCGUCGCUCGCCAUGACCCGCGUUCCACAGCCGUCGUUCACUCUCUCUCCGGCCGGACAUUCACCUACGGCGAGCUCCUCGCCGACGUGAGUCGUGCCCGGGACCGCCUCCGUGAUGCCCGCCCCGCCGGCGCCGGACUCGAUGGCGAGCGCAUCGCCUUUCUCGUCGAAAACAGCUACGACUACGUCGUAACGUUGCUGGCUUGCCUGGCCGCCCGCGCCAUUGCUGUGCCUCUAUCCCCGGCCUUCCCCGCCCCGGAGCUGCAGUACAUUCUCGACCACAGCCAGGCCUGCCUGCUCGUCUCGUCGCCGCGGUUCACCUCCAAGGCCAGCGAGGUGCUCGCCACGGGGCUGGCCUCCCCGCCCACGCACGUCGAACUGCCGAAGCACCUCGGCAGCGGCAGCGCGGCGCCCGAUACCGUAUCCCUGGAUGACGCGGACCCGGCCGGCGCCGGCUUGAUGCUCUACACCUCCGGCACGACAAACCGUCCUAAAGGUGUCCUUCUUCCUCAGGCCGUCCUCACGGCGCAAUCGCGCUCCCUCAUCGAGGCUUGGAACUACACGCCAGCGGACCGACUCCUUCAUGUCCUCCCCUUGCACCACAUUCAUGGCACGGUCAACGCCGUGUUGACGCCCCUCCUCGCCGGCUCUUCCAUCGAGUUCAUGUUCCCCUUUAACGCCGAUGCCGUCUGGCGCCGCCUCGCCGCUCCCUUUCUCCCUGCCGCCAACGGCAGUACCACCAACGGGACCACGCCCGCGUCUCCUUCCACAAAUGGCACGCUCACCAACGGCACCUCAUCUACCUCCACUCCUCCGCCCCCCACGACUAACGGCACGACGACGAUACCGACAACGAACGGAACGGGGACAGCCGCCUCAACACUCCCUCCCCCGAUCACCUUCUUCACCGUCGUGCCCACCGUCUACAGCCGCCUCCUCGCCAGCCACAAGCACCUCUCCCCCGCGGUCCAGCUUGCCGCCCGCGACGCCGUCUCCCCAGCGCACAUGCGCCUCGCCAUCUCGGGCUCCGCCGCACUCCCCACCCCCGUCAAGGCCGCCUGGCGCGACCUCAGCCGCGGAAACGUCCUCCUCGAGCGCUACGGCAUGACCGAGGUCGGCAUGGCCCUCAGCUGCGGCCUCGCCUUUGAAGACCGCGUCGACGCCUCCGUCGGCUGGCCCUUGCCCUCAGUCCAAGCCCGCCUCGUCGACGUCGACACCGGCGAGGUCAUCCCCGAGGACCAGGACGUCGACCCUGUGACGGGCCGCGAGCGCGCGGGCGAGAUCCAGCUCCGCGGUCCAACCAUCUUCCAAGAGUACUGGCGCAACCCCGACGCCACGGCCAAGGAGUUCGUCACGGACCCCAACGACGACAGCAGCAGCGGGGGGCGCCCCUGGUUUAAGACGGGCGACGUCGCCGUCCGCCGCCCCGUGCCGUCCGCGGGCCACGCCCCCGACCAGCCCUGGGCCCGUGGCCCAAUGUACUUCAUCCUCGGCCGCCGCACCGCCGACAUCAUCAAGACGGGCGGCGAAAAGGUCUCGGCCCUCGAGGUCGAGCGCGAGCUCCUCUCCCUGCCCGAGGUCGCCGAGGCCGCCGUCGUCGCCGUCCCCAGCGGCAACUGGGGCCAAAAGGUCGGCGCUGUCAUCAUCCUCGACCGCGACGUCGUGCAGAAGUGGUCGCCCCUCGAGAUGCGCCGCGCCCUCAAGUCCCGCCUCGCCAACUACAAGAUCCCCCAGGUCAUGAAGGUCGUCGACCACAUCCCUCGUAAUGCCAUGGGCAAGAUCAACAAGAAGCAGCUCGUCAAGGCGAUUUUCGUCGACGAGACCAGUGGAGAUGAACUGUAA